GCAAUAUCAAGCUCUUAUAAUAGUUGGCAUCCGUAAGUACUCCUACCUAGGAUUUCCCCCCUUUUGUGGUAAUCGGCAUUAAAAGCGUACAGUAUUGUUUACAUCGCAAAAUUCGUAAUGCGUAAAAUAUCUAAAAGCCGUGCAGACGAUGAUGUGAUAUCGUCGACGAAUGGGUCUGUUGAUAAUAAUGAUGCCAAUGAUGCCAUUGAUGAUCAUGCCGACGCGGUACGCCAAGCUGACCCAGAUCACCCCGACGAAAAAGAGCCUGCAUCUGAAUCAACUGAAAAUGUCGAAUUAAAUGAGGAUGUAUCAACAAGUACCACCAAAGAGACUCCCAAAAAAGGAAAAGCUAAAAAGACCAAAAAAAGGAAAUCGGAGAAAAAUACCGCGGACCAAGAAUAUGAGGUUGAGAAAAUUGUUGAUUCCAAAAAGAUUAAAGGGAAACUGCAUUAUCUAAUACGUUGGAAGGGUUAUUCUGCUGACAGUGACACCUGGGAACCUGAGAACACUCUUUCUUGUGCUGAAUUGAUAAACAAGUAUAAUGAUGAGAAAGAGAAUUCAAAGAAUAAAGUAAGUAAAGCAGAGAAAAAGAACAAUAAAAGGAAAGCUAAAAAGGAAACCAAAGUACCAGCAAAAAGAGCUAAAAACUCCUGGGAUGGUAGCAAUGCUGAUGAAAAUGCUGAGUAUGAAGUGGAACGUAUCUUAGAGGUUCGCCACAAGAAGAAUGGGAAAAGAGAUUUCUUCAUUCACUGGAAGGGAUGGUCAAGUAAAUUUGAUUCAUGGGAGCCAGAAAAUAACUUAAAUUGUCCUGAGUUGAUUAAGAAGUUUAUGGAUAAGGUGAGCAGGGCUCGAUCUGUGGACUCUCGAAACCUAAGAGUGGCUCCUGAAACGACAAACCGAUUCACAUUGCAGGACCCUUCAUCUGGACGUCGACUGAGCAAAAGGCGUGGUCAGCGUCAGAGAGUGCGUUACGACAAUGCUGAGUAAUGAUGUGCGCAAUAUCUGAAUUAUAGGAUGGUAUGUUUGUGUACCAAAUUAAUCUAUACUAUAUACUAUAAUAUUAUAAAACUGAAGAGUUUGGUUGUUUGUUUGCUUGAACGCUCUUAUCUCAGGAACUACGGAUCCGAUUCAAUGUUACAUAGCACAUUUAUCUAAGCCUUUAUAAAUAAGAAUUUAUAUAAAGGCUAGGCUACCUUUUUAUCCGGGUUCGUGUAGAAAUUACCACGGGAUGCGAGUGAAACCGCGGGCAGAAGCUAGUCACAAAUAAAGAAUGUAAAGUCUUGCACUGUUAAAUUUUUUAUGAAUAUAUGAAUGGCAGAAAUUGUUUAA